AUGUCUGAUUCAGAAGACGACAGCAACGAAAAGCAACUCAAAGUGGUUGUUUUGGGUGAUUCAAGUGUUGGUAAAACGAAUCUUAUCAAACGAUUUUGCUAUGACGAAUACUCAAGAAGCUACACUCCAACAAUAGGAGCCGAUUUUUAUAUAAAACGAAUCACUCUGGCUGAAAAUAAGGAAAUCAACAUCAGAAUUACUGAUGUUAGCGGCUCAGAACUUAACAAAACAAUGUUUGCGACUUAUUUAUUUAAAGCUGAUAUGAUCUUUUUGGUCUACGAUAUAACCAAAUCCGAAAGUUUCGAUUCUUUGAUUUCAUGGCUAAGAAAAAUAGAUGAGGUUCUGGACAAUAGGACAAUUUUUAUUGCAGUAAUAGGCAACAAAUGUGAUUUAGAACAUAAAAGAUCAGUAAGACUAGACAAAACGAAUAGUUUUAUUACCGACAAUAAAUUAUCCAAUAAUUAUUUUGUUUCUGCUAGAACUGGAGAAAAUGUCAAUUCUUCAUUUGUAAACCUAAUUUCGAAAUAUUUCAAUUUACCAUUGGAUAAGCAAAGGCCGAUAAUAAAGGCCGAGCUCGUGCCAACAAUGAACAGAAAAAUUCAACGAAGAAAAGUUAUGGCUACAAAUCAAUCUUGUAUGAUACAGUAA